CUCCUGACUUGUUUGAGUGAUAAGUCUACUGUAUUAUUAGACAGUAGGCACUCGGCUUUGAUUUUUGGGUCCAGGAUACCUCGGGGCUUGGUGGUUCCUCUUGUCAAUAUGACUUCGUCACAUCUCUGGUUCGUGGCCUGCGUCCUGAUGAUGGCCGCUGUUGGUCAGGCAGCAAUGUAUUUCAGCUUUGAUCAACAUCAAGACGUCGACUUCAGUGAAGAUGAAAUGAGAGAGCUUUUUGGGUCAUGGAAAGGGAUCCAUGGGAAAUUUUACAAGACGCUAGAAAAAGAUGAAGAGCGGUUCCAGGUUUUCCAGGAAAAUGUCCGAAAGAUCAUCUCUCUAAACAAAGAAUAUGAGGGACGCGAAUUGAAGUUUGCACCAAACAAAUUUGCCGACCUGUCAUACGCCGAGUUCCGUUCCAAAAUCCUCAUGCCGAAGAGAGAAGCGCCUGUCCAUCCUAAUUCAAAAUACACGACGACAGAUUUCAAUGCCCCGUUGCCGACGGCGUUUGACUGGAACGAGAAGGGGAUGGUGACAGACGUGAAGGACCAAGGAAGUGGCGGAACCUGCUGGGCAUUCAGUACCAUUGGUAACAUCGAGGGACAGUGGGCCAUGGCAGGUCACAACCUGACGUCCCUUUCCGUCGAACAGGUGGUCGACUGUGACGGUGGAGAAGACGUCCCAAAAGGUCGGGCAGAUUGUGGCGUGUUUGGUGGAUGGCCGUACCUUGCUUAUCAAUUUAUCCAAAAAGUGGGCGGCCUCGAAACUGAGGCUGAUUACAAAUACUGUGCAGGAGCCGGCGGUGCCCCUGGAACGUGCUUCGUGUGUGCACCCCCGGGCUUCAACAAGACCCUCUGCGGUCCUCCCGUCUGGUGGUGUAACGUCACAUGCUUCGACAAACUCGACAAGACCAAGUUUGUGCCCGGGUUGAAUGUGACUGGAUGGAAGGCAAUAGACCAGAACGAGACAACCAUGGCCCACCAACUGAUGGAGACCGGGCCGUUAUCCGUGGCCCUCAACGCCGAACUCCUACAGUUCUAUCACUCGGGGGUAUUCGAUCCAAUCAUGUGCAACCCUAAAACUUUAGAUCACGCGGUCCUCAUCACCGGUUUUGGCGUACACUCCGGAUGGUUUGGGAACACACCGUACUGGGUCGUGAAGAAUUCCUGGGGCCCCAAGUGGGGCCUCAAGGGCUACUUCUGGAUCAAACGAGGAGCUGGAAUUUGUGGUAUAAACACAGCUGUCACAACAGCUCAACUAAAACACUGAUGAUGGACGAUCUCAAGAUCAAGGGACGGAUCACGGCUACCAACCCAUAUCAGUACUUUCAGUACUGGGCCUGAAAUUUGUCAAAUAGUUCUGUGAGCCGACAGCACUCUCCUUCAAUAAUCCAUUGGGAGGACUGAAGGUCACUUGCAAAAAUACUGUGAAGUAAUAUUUGGGUCAAAUAGGGGGAAAUUUGGCAAACUGUUCUUAUAAAACUAAUUGUGGGUCUGCAGAUAUGGGCAGAUGCAAGGUUCAGAUAGACAGAUGAUGAACAAAAUGAUAAAUCUUGAGGUUAUCCUGAACUCAUUGAUAUUUCAAUCUGGUGAUUAAAAGUUUUAUGGUUAAACCAAGACUGUUUUGGUCGGUAUUAGUGAGACUUCUUGCAUAAGUAUCAAAAUAAUCUUCUGUCCGAAAACUCUGAACUCCGAGAAGGAACUGUUAGUACUGUUCGUCAGUAAUUUAUAGUAGGCCUACUCUCCAUCUGUAAAAGAGGGCCCUCACUAACAAACAACAUCAGCACAUUCCUCCAUCAACAUAGGGCACCAAAUUCCUAAUUUAUGAAAAUGAAUCAAUGAAAUCAAAAAGAAACAUAUUCUGAUUCAGUGAUUAUUUAUUUAUGAAAAUAAUACACUUGGUUGUGUAAAUUUCGACCAAUCAGACACAAGCGAAUGAUUAACAUUCAUCAGGGGACGUAGAAGAGAACCGAUUCUAAACAGGUGGACUUCUAAAUAUCCAACAGGCUGCGCACCGUCCUGACUCAUACUCCCUACAAGGCAGUUCUCGCCCAACAUAAGAUGUCACUGGAUACAGGAGUUUGUGGGGAUCGAUAUCUCACUGUCGGUAUUGGGGGGUUCACCAAGAACUGAGAGAUAGGAGCUAAAAUGUCAGCCAAAACUGAAGUGACAGCCAAGGUUUUGGGCAAAAUGACACUUCUACCCAAGUGGUGUUUGGCGAGGCAACAAAUGCCAACCUUGAGGUAUCAAUUUCGAAAACACCUCAAAGUGAUUUUGAUUGUUUCAAUAUAUCCUGCACGAACCCAAGUGGUUAUGGUAGCCAAACCAUAACAAACCGCUGCCGCCAAAACAAGGCGCAGUGCUCCACUGCAACCAAGUGUUCUAGAGUUCCUGUCCUUAGUUAUUUCAGUCAUGAAAUUGAAUGGAAGCCUACCGUUGGGAAACGAUCGUGGCAUGAACUCAUUUCAACUCUGCAGUAUAAACUACUUGACAGUUUUGUCAAUGAAAACGAAAGCAGUCAUAUCAUUUCAACUCGGGUCUAACCACUUCCUGACAUCUUGAGUUCCAAAAACGA